UUCAACGGCUUGACGUUGAAGGAGGUUCUCGUGGAGGUUUUUUGUUUGGUAUUUGUCGGGCAAAGAGAGUUCGAGUUUGGCUGCUUUGGGUAGCAAAGCGAAUUCUGGUGCUAAUUAGUAACGAGGAAACUUAAGCGAACGGCAAUCAAGAUGCGUAUUCCAGUGUUUGUUGUGGUGUUUAGUGCAGUUUGGGGAUGCAGCCAUGCAAUACAGGUUAUAACGGAACCGUCUGGAAAAGUGACCGUUGCGGAGGGACAGAAGGAUGUGAACCUAUUGUGUCUUGUAGAGGAGCCGAUGGAUUUUUGCAUUGUCAAGGUCCCGGGAGCUCCGGCCCCUUUUGCCGCCAGUGACAAACUGCCCGCACCGGUGGAAGGUAUCAAAUUCUACGGACUUGGCUGGAGCAAGGGAUCCUGCGGUAUUACGAUCGAUACCAUCAAACCGUCGCACGACGGACAGUUCGAGUGUACCGUGUCCGUUAAGGGUCAAACGUACAAGGGCCAGAUUGACAUAGCGGUCUCAGGUGAAGCAGUUGCCCCCGAACCUCCGAAGAUCGAGCUAGCGAGCAACGUGGACAGUCGUAACGGAGAAUUUGAAUUCGGCAAGAAGGUCACCAUGAAGUGUGUGUCCCGCAACGGGUGGCCAGGUGCUAAGCUGUCGUGGUAUCUUGAUGGCGUAAAGCUGACGGAAGAUGUCGGUGCUGAAUACUCCGAAACGGCCAAUCGACGCACGAAUGUGGAGCAGAUCUAUCGACGAGCGAUCGCCGUGGAAGACAACAAGAAGCAGGUGACAUGCCGUGCGGAACAUCCCGCCUAUCCCGGUGGAUUCAUGGAGACAAGCUUGCCGAUCAAAUUGAAGAAAGUGUACACCAAUGAAAAGCAAGAAGUGAAAAAGGAAGAGCUCACGGAGUUGAUCAAGCCAAAAGCGCCGAAGCUGACAGUAUCGAGUGAAGUUGCCCAGCGCAAUGGAGCCUUCAAGGCAGGAAGCAACCUGGUGGUGCAGUGCAUCUCGAAGGAUGGCAAUCCUCCGGCAGGAUUCUUGUGGUUCCUCAAUGAUCAACUAAUUUACGAAGGUCUUUCGGCACCGUUCGUCAGCAAGAACUUCCGGGGCAACACCGUCCAGCAGACGCUCACCUAUCGUCUCAAGCCGGCCGAUGACGGUAAGGUGCUCAUCUGCAAAGCACGCCACCCGGAGGGAAGUGAAGAGACGCGGCUAAAAAUCAGUACCUACAACUAAAAGAACACCUGCACCAUCCGCUCUCUACUACGCAGCGUAAAUCAGGGGGAGGAAAAAAAAAUCUGAAAAUCUUGUUUUAUCUUUAAAGCUCUUGUUUACAAAUGUCUCAAUAAAAUGUUAUUGAUUAAAAUUUUA